AUGCACUAUGGAAAUGCACCAUAUGGUGCACCUGGAUUUAUGCAGCCCCCAGCAUUGCCAUUCAAACACCGUAGUCAUUCAGGGUGUGAUGAGAUGCCAAGCUCCAAUCCCAUAGAGUUGACGGAGGAUGUAACUCUCUUUCCCCAGUUAGAGCAAUGGCUAGCUGAUCUGGACGAUAGCCCUCAUGGUCUCAAUAACCAUGACUUUGCAUUGUUUUCACCUGAUUUCCUUCGAGAAAAGUACAUGCGUAUCUCUGACCUUGAUGGACUUACCAUGAAUGAGCUUCUGGAAAUAUGUGGAGGUAUAGCAAGAGGCAUAGCAAAGAAGGUUCUCGAGACUAUUACAACUAGUAGCCACAAUGUGCAAACCAUCCUUGUGUAUCUGCUUCAGUUACAGACCAAACAGCUUCAUUGA